AGCGGUGAUGUUGCGGCGAUUUUCUCUCUUAAGCGCCUCACGGCGGCCAGGGAAGCUGUUUCUGCUGGCCUCCAUCAAGCAAACAUGCCUUUCUCACACUUCAGCGCCACAACAGAGAUCUUCCCGCCGGCUUCAGCAGCCCUUUCUUGACGCCAUGGAGCGGGCGGACUACAUUCAUGCGACCCAGAAGAGGCGGCCCAAUUGCAUGACCCUGCAAGAGAGGCGUUUCUCGUCUUCAACGACGCAGAGUCCGGCGGAUGAUGAUGGAAGAGGCGAGGCAGAUCCACCUCUCCCAUCACAGAAAGGGCCACAUGACGAGGAUGCAUCGCUGGAUCGGUUCCGGGAGUCGCUGCGCGAGGCGUCGAGGCUGCUGCAGUGCGGUUUGGUGGAGCGGGAGGAGGUCUGUCUGGUGGUGCUGCUGGCACUGGUCACCGGGAGUCAUCUGUUCCUGCUUGGCCCUCCUGGGACGGCAAAGAGCGAGAUCGCAAGACGGCUGGCGAAGCUCUUGCAGGUGACACGAGCGCAUGAGUGAUCCAUAUGGGGCUCAUGAACUGAUGGCUGCUCGUUCAGGGGAGGUUUUUCGAGCGUCUGUUGACCCCUUUCUCACUGCCCGAGGAGGUGUUCGGGCCCUACUCAUUAAGCGCCAUUGCUGAGGGCCGGUUCGAGCGGCUGACGGACAAGUAUCUCCCAACCGCCGAGUUUGCUUUCCUGGAUGAGAUCUUCAAGGUCAGAAGAAACCGAGAACCGGUUCGUUCGUUGCAUGUGGUGGAUUUGUGUCAUGCAGGCAAACAGUUCCAUCCUCAACUCGCUCCUUACGAUCCUCAACGAACGCGAGUUCGACAACGGCACAACGCGCAUGCGGGUCAGAAAAGCAAUGAAAGAGCAGGCAAUGACCGAGGCGCAUGGACAACCGGUCAUUUCAUCCCCAUGUUAUCAUCAGGUCCCUCUGCGGACUCUGAUAUCAGCGAGCAACGAGGUGCCGGUGACGGGCGAGCUGCGGGCCCUCAGCGACAGGUUCCUGCUGCGGUGCUAUGUGGAUAGUGUGAGUGUGGCUGGCUUCGAGGCGGUGGUAAGGGGGGCGGCCGAGAGCGAACGGCUCGAGGGAAUCCACCACAAGUUCACUGCAGCUGAGACGCAGAGGUAGGCAGGCAGGGGGAAGAUCGGAGGGUGGUUUAGGCUUGUGCACUUAUCUCUCUCUCUCUCUCUCUCUCUCUCUUGCUCUUGUGGGUGUGCAGGUAUCGCUCAUUGGCCCUGUUGCGUGUGAAUGGCCUGAAUGAAGAAAUAGUGGACGUCCUCAAGAUGCUCCGACAGUUCCUCAAGGAGCAAGACAUCCUCGUCUCCGACAGGAGGUGGCGUCAGAUCGGCGAGCUGCUCAAGGUGGUGGCGUACACGUCGGGCCGCCUCGACGUCACACGAAUCGACCUCUGCAUGUUGAAGUACUGCUGCUGGGAGACCAUGGAGCAGGUGGCUGUGGUCGAGAAGUGGCUCAUCGACAACUUCGCGGCACCCACAUACCUGCAGCAGGGGGUCAUCAAGGGUCUUGCCAGGAAGGUGUCGCAAUGGCAGACCAUCGCCAAGGAUGGCCGCGACAUGGUAUGCCGUGGAAGUGGAGCCCCUCACGACGUGGACGUUUGACGUUGUGUGUUGUAUUGUUUAUUGAUGCAGUUGACGUAUGCGUCAUCGAUCCGGGAGUUGCUGGAGGAGCACUUUGACUUGGGCGAGCACGGCACGCAGCGACAACUCAUCGAGCAGCACCAGUGGCUGUCCCACGACAUGAAAACCAAGGUACACGCACCGCACAGGCAGGCACGAGCCCAGACCACACCUAGACCAAUUCCCUUCGCCUGGCUGCUGUCCCAGGCGCUGAAAGGUCUCCGGCAGGCAGCCUCGAGGUACAGCGAUGCCGGCCUUUCUGACAUCGCUCUCACUCUCGGCCAGUCCAUCACUUUCGCCUCGCGCCCAUACGCCGGCACGCCCACCAAACCCAAUGUGGCAUGCGUCCUCGUCGGCCCCUCCCACUGGCCAGUCAGCAUCAUCACCGCCACUUUGGAUGAGCUACUCGAGGCGAUGGCGACAGACGGUGGCAGGGAAGACAGCUGCGGGGUGCGUGAGCGUGUGCGCGAGAGGGGUUUGGACGGCAGGAGUGAGGGGUCUGUGUAUGUGUCGGAGCUCUUUGAUGAGUGGCAAGACAUUCGGCGACUCCUGGGUAAGUCAGCCAGGCAAGGAAGCAACGUGCCAUCUGUAUUCAGUAGUGUGUGGGCUUCCCUUCUGUGUAGGUCCAUCAGGUGUGGCUUUCCACGAAGGCAUCCCAUCAUCUCCAGCCGAGGCGCGAGACAUCCACGACUCGCUGGCGUCACUGCUUAGAGAGAAGGAAAACAAUGCCGCCAAACGAGAGACGGACCAAGCGGCGGUGCUGUCAGACGAUCCAGGCCGAGAUGCCGCAGAUGUGGAGAGGGAGCCAGUCCGUGAGGAUUUGGCGUUCAGUGAGACGAUGCGGCUGGACCAUGCCUCCAACAUUCCUUGACGAGAACACUGCUGGUGCUGCAGCUGCUGGGUGGCCUUGGUGGGUGCUGUGUGUGUGCUUCCCUCUCGUCGUGUGUCUGGCUGCGUGACGGGCUUCGCGUCAGAUGGCGGUUAGACUGGUCAGCCCUAGUCUAAUUUCUGUUGGUGCCGGUGCCUUCAUGCAAACAGACACAGCGAGAGAGAAGAACCGAUGGAUGGACAAGAAGAGGGCUGUGUGUGCAUCUCAGAUGGUGGGGCGGGCGGGGCGUGUCGGUGUGUACAGAGAGACAGACAGACAGACAGGGUGUCAGUGGGUCAGUCAGGCCACUUACUUACACGAGUGCGAGCAGAUGGGGGGAGACGGUGCUUGUACAGUCGUGGAAUGGGCACACUUGCUCACGUCAAUGUGACUGACUGACUGAAUGCAUCCACACUCUAUCGUGUCCCUCACAACCAACCACCACCCAGCACGCACCAAAUGAAUGACAGACAGACAGACAGACAGACAGGCCGGCAGUCA